AUGAGUACCCCCAACCAAGCUAUUACAUAUCUAGAUUCCGAAGAGUCAACCUCAUGUCAAAGAUGUAAAACCACUCCAGCAAUCUUAAUCUCCAGAAAAGAGAAAUUCUGCCAGAAUUGUUUCAUUCGAUUCAUUCGUGGAAAACAAAGAAAACAAAUGCAAGAUGAUCAAUAUAAAGUAAAAUACGGCCCCUUGGCUGAGAAAUUAGGGAAGCAGAAAGUAUUGCUUGCGCUAUCUGGAGGAAGAUCUUCUUUGGUUUUACUUGAUGUGAUUGCAUCUUUAUUACAGGAACAAUAUGCGGCUCAUAAAGGAAAUCAAGGGUUUGAAUUGGUGAUUGUUAAUUUGGAUGAAUAUGAGUUGGAUAGUUUGAAUAAGAAGGUUCAAGAUGUUAUUCCGGAAUUGCUUGAGAGGUAUAAUCCUGUUAAAUUGACUUUGAAGGUUUUGUCAUUGAAUUCAUAUGUUGAUCAAGGCACCUUACAAAAGAUUUCAUUGAAUCAUGAAUUCACAGGAUUUAUUAGUAGUAUAAAUAAUUCAAAGGAAUAUACGUUGUCGGAAUUAUUGGAUUUGUGUCCCAGCAAAUCGUCAGCCGAGGAUUUGCUUACGAUAGUAUAUGAAGAAUUGAUAUUAAGGACAGCAUAUAAAGAAGGGUGUCAAACAGUCAUAUAUGGUCACAGUAUGACCCGCAUUGCUAAUGAAAUCAUCGCACUUACAGUCAAAGGAAGAGGAUCUAUAAUCCACAAAGCCAUUGCUGAUCAUACUGAGAAAUACCUCGAUAAAGAAAUCAAAGUCUUAUUCCCUUUGAGAGAUGUCUUAUAUGCCGAAAUCCUAGCAUAUUGUGAAUUGGCAGAUUUAAAUAAAUAUCUAAUCGAAUCCACAAUUCAAAAAUCAAAAAUCACCAAAAAUCUAACCAUUCGAGACAUAACCACGAAUUAUUUCAAACAAUUAGAUGCAACAGGAUAUGCAUCCACUGCAUCCACCGUAGUCAGAACCGGGGAGAAAUUAGGCGCACCGAAAGAUGAACAGGUCUUAGCCCAUUGUCAAGUCUGUGGAGUUGAAAUCUAUCGAGAUCCACGGGAAUGGUUAAGAAGGAUUACUGUGAAUGAUCCAGCACCUGUCGAGACUGAAGAAGAAAGAGAAUAUGUAGAAUUGUAUAAACGAACAUUUGGCACUGGUCAAGAGGGAGAAAUUGAAGGUGAUCCGGUGAGUAUUUGUUAUGGGUGUAUUGUUACUUUGGGAGGGGUGAAGCAGGAAUCGGGGUUCGUUUGGCCGAUAAAGUCUCAUGAAGUGGAAGCUGGGGAUAAUAAAGAGUUACAAUGGAUCUAUAGAAAUGAUGAACAAGAAAAGCAAAAGAUUCUUGAUGAGUUUAUCUUGUCUGAUGAAGAGGAUGUAUAA